CCAGUCUCAAAAAUCACAUUGAAAGAACACUCACUCGAAGAUGUCAUCGCAGAGUUCUUCGCCCAAACCACAGUAACUCAAUUGGAAUGCAAUGCUCGAGCUGAAAAGCUUGUCGGCGGUGAUGUAACAUUUGUACCCAUGCAAGGCAGCAGCAGUUACACUUUGUAUGCUGGCGAGAAGAACGAGUUUGUCGUCCAGUUCCGCCUCAAACCGCUAUCACUGGAAUUGGAAACAAUCGCUCUUGCCGGUCAGAUCCUCGGUGCAUUGGUUCCACGGACUAAAUUCCAUGGUCAGAUGGGAGAUGCGGUUGAUGGAAAAGAAGUUCUUAUAAACUUGAUAUCGGAUAUGGCGAAGCUCGUUUUCGCUCCGGCAUGGAAACAUCCAUUGAAAGUCGAUAAAGGAAUAUGGGAAAGUCUGCGUCAAGAAUAUGAGAUAGAUCUCAAGCGCCUCCUUGACGCCUUGCCCACUCGAUUCCACUCCAUUAUCCAACGGUGCCUUGACUCAUUGCCUGAUAUCAUGUCUUUGCCCAUGGUCCUUCUCCAUGGCCUUUUGGGAAUAUGCAAAGUAAUGGUCGAUGAAAAGUCCAAUCACCUAACUGGAGUUGUAGGUUGGUCCCUGGCCAAAAUUGGUCCAUUCGGGCUCAAUCUUCACUUUCUCGAAGAGACUAUGGGCGACCUUCACUACACGGAAGGUUGGACUAGAUACGAUGACUACGAAGCCCUCGAUAAGACCUUCUGGGACACUCUCAAGAAGGAAGCUGGGCUCAGUGAAAAAGAUAUCCCGGUCAUCAAGUUAGCUAUGAGUGCCGGUCUUUUGCUGUCCUGGGCUUUCACACCUAGACUUCCUACCUUCCCUCCUCCGGAGCCUCUCAAGGAUGAUGCUUCUGGUGCCUACAAAUUUCUGACUCUGGAUGCACAUCUCAUUAACCCGGCAACGAGGUUCAUCGAUUAG